GUGCAUUUUUAGUUCAUGUAAUUAUCAAUACAAUUUCAUCUAUAAAAAAGCAUAACCACACAAAGUGAAAUUCACCAAAAUCAAUAAACUUAGAGAGAGAGAGAGUAUUAAAAACUUGAAGUAGUUGAAAAAUGGCUGGUGAGAAGGAAACAACUAAAGUGGCAAUUGAUAAGUAUAGGCGGUUCCUCCAUGAAGAUCAUGUUGCAGCUGCAGAAACUAUAGAGUGGAAACAUGGUAGCCCUCCAAUUUAUGACAGUGUUAAUAAUGUCUUUGAACAAGGAAGAACCAAGGUAUGGCCAAAAGGAUCUCUUGAAGAAACAACACAAAAUUCUAUAAAGACGUGGGAAAUGGAGAUUAAAUACAAGACUUGCGUAAACGACAUUAGGACCAUUAAUCUUGAAAAAUUUAAGCUCUUUGUUAAUGGAAGAGAAGGACUGUCAGCAGAAGAGACACUAAAAGUUGGAUGUUACAAUGCGCUAUUGAAGAAUUCAAUGCCGAAUGAAUUCAAAUACCACAAAGAAGACGAAGAGACCUUUGAAUCGUCUCACAAUGCUUUUUGGUCAGCUUUUCCAAGAGGAUUCGCGUGGGAAGUGAUCAACGUGUAUACUGGCCCUCCCGUUGUGACAUACAAAUUCAGGCAUUGGGGUUUCUUUGAAGGACCAUUUAAAGGACAUGCACCUACUGGUGAGAUGAUACAGUUCUACGGCAUUGGCAUUAUGAAGGUAGAUAAAUAUCUAAGAAUGGAGGAAUUAGAGUUAUACUAUGAUCCAGCAGAACUUUUUGGUGGACUACUCAAGGGACCAAAAAUAUCUGAAUCAAACAUUGAGCAAGGUCAGGAUGAUAAUACCACCACUCAACAGUGCCCAUUAUUCAACCACAGCUAAUUAUGUCAAAUUUCACUUCUUCAAUAAAAUUUUGGUACUUCACAAAUAAUAUUGUUUUAAUAAAGUGUAUGCAACUCUAUUUCCAAAUAGUCAUGUUAUAAUAAAGUGUAUGCAACUCUAUUUCCAAAUAAUCAUGUUUCAAUAAAUUUUAUGCAACUCUUUAUAUUUUUUCAGUCA